AUGAUGCCCUCAGAGGAUCCAGAACUGCAACCUGUGCUCUUUGGACUUUUCUUGUCCAUGUAUGUGGUGUCAGUACUGGGGAACCUGCUCAUCAUCACAGCCAUUAGCACUGACUGCCACAUUCACACCCCCAUGUAUUUCUUUCUCUCCAUCCUGUCCUUGGAUGACAUCUGUUUUGUCUCCACUACAGUCCUGAAAAUGAUUGGGAACAUCCAAACUCACAGCAGAGUCAUCUCCUAUGUGGGCUGCCUGACACAGAUGUCUCUUUAUAUCAUUUUUGCAGAUAUGGAUGGUAUGCUUCUGACUGUGAUGGCCUAUGAUCGGUUUGUGGCCAUCUGUCACCCCUUGAACUAUCCAGUCAUUAUGAACCCCCGACUCUGUGGAUUGUUAGUUUUGCUGUCUUUUUUGAUUAGCAUUUUGGGCUGUCAGGUACACAUUUUGUUUGUGUUACAAAUUACAUAUUUUAAAGAUGUGGAAAUUUCUAAUUUUUACUGUGACCCUUCUCAACUUCUUGAUCUUACCUGUUCUGACAGCUUCUCUAAUAACAUUUUCAAGUAUUUGGCUGUGACCAUAUAUGGUUUUUUCCCCAUUUCAGGGAUAUUCUUCUCUUAUUAUAAAAUUAUUUCCUCCAUUCUGAGAAUCCCAUCAGGUGGGAAGUAUAAAGCCUUCUCAACCUGUGGGUCUCACCUCUCUGUGGUUUGCUUAUUUUAUGGAACAGCCAUUGGCGUGUACCUUGAGUCAGCUGUAUCAAAUUCCCCCAGAAGAGUGCAGUGGCCUCAGUGA